AUGGCCGGAGGGGGACGCGAGGAGAGGAACGGCGACGCAGGCGCCGUGACAGAAGCCGGCGCGACGGCGGCGACGGAGUUGGGCGCGAUCGCGGUGGCGGAGGCGGCGGCGGCGGCGGCGGCAGCGGAAGACAUAGAACCGGUUAGGGUUGAUACCAUUCUAACACCGGGGCCGGUGAUCGUCGGCGCGGGGCCGUCCGGGCGGGCGACGGCGGCCUGCCUCAAGGUUCGCGGGGUGCCGUCGCUGGUGCUGGAGCGGGACGCCUGCGUGGCGGCGUCAUGGCGGCACCGCACGUACGAGCGGAUGCGGCUUCACCUGCCGCGCUGCUUCUGCGAGCUCCCCCUUGCGCCUUUCCCGCCCGGCACGCUGCCGUAUCCGACAAGGGACCAGUUCGUCGCCUACCUUGACGAGUACGCGCGCGCCUUCGCUGUCGAGCCGCUCCUCGGCGCGCGCGUCCGGGCCGCCGCCUACGACGCCGCCAUCGGCUUCUGGAGGGUCACCGUCGAAGUCGUCGGCAAAGACGCUAUGACAACGAUGGCGACGGAGUUCAUGUCUCGCUGGCUCGUGGUGGCCACCGGCGAGAAUGCGGAGCCUGUGUGGCCUGGCGGUGUGGAGGGUAUGGACGUCUACCGCGGCACGGUGAUGCACACGAGCACCUACAAGAGAGGGGACGAGUUCGCCGGAAAGAAGGUGCUCGUUGUCGGCUGCGGUAACUCCGGCAUGGAGGUCAGCCUCGACCUCUGCGACAAUGGCGCAAAGGCAUCCAUGGUUGUCAGGGACAAGCUUCAUGUGUUGCCUAGGGAUAUACUAGGCAUCUCAACAUUUGGCCUAUCAGUAUUCCUUCUCAAGUGGUUUCCCAUGAAAUGGGUUGAUGCCUUGUUCCUCUUCUUCUCAAGGUUGAUACUUGGUGACACUGAAAAAUACGGGCUUCAACGACCUAAGAUUGGUCCGCUCCAAAUCAAGAAAUCAACCGGGAAAACACCAGUGCUCGACAUUGGAGCUUUGAAAAAGAUCAGGGAUGGUGAAAUAAAGGUGGUCCCCGCAAUAAACCGCUUCACCGAGAGCGGUGUUGAAUUUGCCGACGGACGUAAGGAGGACUUCGAUGCUGUCAUCCUCGCCACCGGGUACAAAAGCAACGUGCCAUCAUGGCUCAAGGAGGACGAAUUUUUCAGCCAGAGUGAUGGGUUCCCCAGGAUGGCAUUCCCGCACAGCUGGCGAGGCAAGAACGGCCUCUAUGCCACGGGCUUCACAAGGAGGGGUCUCAUGGGUUCCUCCUAUGAUGCCUCCAGAAUCGCCGCUGACAUCGCAGACCAGUGGACCGAGGCCCUCGCCAGGAAUAUCACUGCUCACAAUAAUGCUUGAAACCUAGCCAAGGCCGAUGCUCUUACGCUAGUUUCAUCGGUUGAACUGUUUCAUUUUCGAGUAAUGUGUGCGCGUUAGUCGGAACGUGUGUGUAUAUAUGUACCUCCAGCCGUCUAAUGGGUUGAUAUAGAGUUACUACAUUAUAGUACAGAUAUAUGUAUGGAAUAAU